GAGAGACAGGCGGAGGGAUGAUGUUGGGAGGGAAGAGAAAGGGAGGGGAAAAGUAAAAGCCAAAGGAUUCUGAAAAACACAAGGAGCAGCAGAGGAUUGGAAAUUCGCCCUGAGCUGUGAUCGGACCCCGUGAAGACCCUGAAAGAUGGGCAGCUAUCCAGUCUCUGUGCUGUUAUGCUGUUGUUUCUUUGUACUUGUUACUGAUCAGGCACAGCAAACUGAAAUCCAUGACAUUGAUGCCAGUGUUUUGCCACCGCCAGACUGCAGAGAGGAAACAUACCCCUGCACCAGGAUGUACUCUGUUCAUCGACCGAUAAAGAGAUGCAUCCAAUCACUCUGUGUCUACAGUCUUCCAAGAGUCUAUGUGAUCAACAAAGAAAUCUGUGUGAGAACCGUGUGCCAGCAAGACGAGAUCCUGAUGGCUGAACUCUGUAGAGAGAAAUCUGGUUGGCCAAAACGCCAAAAGAGGACAACUAUGAGUCGCUGUCGCCAUGCCAAACCAAAUACCUGGGCAAACAGGGCCUAAAGUCAGAUGGAUGACAAAGGGAGAGAGAAAAAGAAGAGAUUUCCGGUUUCAACAAAUACCACUAUAAAUCAGAAUAAUGAAUCUCAAAAUGUAAACUUGUUACAUUCCUAAAACAAACCGAAACUGUGGUCCAGUGACCUUCACAGAUAUUACUGUUCAAUAAUCACUUUUUAUCAUUUUAACGCUUGUGCUUGAAUAAGCUUGGUUGACUGUCUCAGUGUUUUUAAAGACUGUAUUUUAAUAGGAUAAACAAAGGGCAUGACAAUGCACAGCUCUGGUGCUGAAUGUUAAAGUAGCUCACUCUAUAACCACUAUUUGCUUCAUAUUCUUCUAUUAUACUGUAUGUCCACACCAACCACUGUAAGUAAAACACAAAAUCCACAAUAGCAAAUAAAUGUUUAUAUUUUCACUCUCAAA